AUAUUAUAUGAGUGUAAAAGAAAGUGGAAAGUAUUUGAUUGUUAUAAAUUGAUUUUCUUCAACGAACGUAAGGAAACAUUAAUCAUGAGAGCGGUCGUCCUCAUCACGCUGGCAGUCUCCGCCUGUGUUCAAAGCGAAGCUCCUCAUGGCUAUAUAGUGAACAAGGUUGCGGGUAAAGCAUAUAAAGUGAUGUACCAAGCACAGACAUGGACACGAGCGAAGGUGGAAUGUGAAGCAAACGGCGCUACACUGGCUGUGCCCAAAUCACAGGACGAGUUCAAGUUCCUGCAGAAGCUGGUGCGUGGCAUGUACUACCCGAACAUCGUGGGCUCCUGGUACAAGCUGCUGGUGUGGCUCGGCAUCAGCAACCUCGAUGACUACACCGUCUGGAAGAAUGUAGAUGGUGAAAACAUCAAUACAACAGGUUUCAGCAAGUGGGCCAGUAAUUACGUCGCAUUCAGCAACGACCCCAUGGAGCCUCACUGCGCCGGGAUGGACGCCGUCAACCAUGGCCUGCGGGACUACUGGUGCCACCUCCGGCAACCUUACAUCUGCCAGAUCCAGGUGGACUCCGUUUGACUCCCGAACUACAACAAUUUGAACGAGGAAACAGAACAUCUUGGCGGUUGAACCAUUUAUGUUAUUUAUUUAAUAGACGAUUUCUUACCUUUCUA